GCAUAACGCCUCAUAGAGGCUCCAACCUCAUACCCACCAACGCCAACUUUCUUCCGCCCAACUCUUUGCGCUGCCGCCACACCGCCUUUCUUUCACUCAGUCACCCCGCACGCGACUCGGCGAGCGCACGCGCCAUGCCCCAGUGACAGUGACAGUUGAGUUGACAUUUGACAGUGCCACCAUGAAGCUGAUACUUGUUAUGUUGGCGGUCAGCCCAGUGCUUGCGCGGGCGCAGGAGGAUUCGUUCGCGAGCUCCUUUCUUUCCGGUCUAUUAGACACACUGGACACGCAAGUUGACGCCAAGAACUGCCCCGGCGUGUGCAUGCACGCCAUCGCGUCACUCAUCUGCUCCAACGUGCUCGAUGAGGUCGAGUGUCCCAAUCCCUCCAUGAAGUGCUGCGUCGACGAGCCGCUAGGCAACGACACGCUGUCGACGACGCGGCGGCCGUUCACGACGCGCUACACGACGCCGGCCGAGGACGAGGAGGAGCCCACCACGCCCGCGCCAGACAGAUACAAAGACAGUGGUAACAUCGCAUGCCCCGGCACGUGCGUGGAGAACCGUCUCACGCAAUACUGCGAGGCGUAUCUAACGUCACGGGACCUCUGCGUAUCCGGACGGUUGUGUUGCGUGGCCAAAGAUGGCUACGGGGAUCGACGGCCGUCGGACCUGGUGGUGCCUAGCGAGAAUAAGAAGCACACUAAGAGACCUAGCACUGCGUUGACAACAACAACAGCCCCCUCAAAAUACAAGGGCCCCACGCGCAAGUGCCGCGGCGACUGCAUCAGCGGCCUGUUCGCUCUGCUCUGCGACCACGUGGACGAGGAGGCCUACUGUCCCGGAGAAGGGACGUGUUGUGCCACGGAGCCUAAGGGAGAGCAGACUACGACCAGGCGACCGCCUACUACGCCGAGACCUACUACACCGGCACCGCUGCCUCGCUGCCCGGGCUACUGCCUCCUGAACAUCAUGGCGGCGUUCUGCGAGCGGCCCGCCGUGCUGGUUUCUCAUACGCAGUGCAAGACUAGCGGCUCCGUGUGCUGUGACAAUAUGCCUCCGCGCACCACUCAGAGGCCGACAACUACGACCCCUAGUACGACGCCAGCGCCGGCCGACCCGCGCCCCGACUGCCCGGGCUCUUGUAUCGUCUCCCUUCUCUCUUUCACGUGCUUCCGCAACGCAGAAAUGACGGAGGUGUUCAAGUGCAAGAAGGCUGGCACGCAAUGCUGCGCGCCCAAGUCUAAAGUGCUGGAGGCGACCGGCGUGCAGAGGAACGACACCUACCCCCUCGCCACCCCGCAGUACGAGCCCUACACCACCACGCCGCAGCCCACGCCUAUGACUGUCCCGUAUGAACCAACAUACGGCUCAACGAUAAGAGUGCCGGAAAAAUACAACAAAUACGUUUGCGGAGUGAAAGGAACUUCCUCCCGCAGCUCCCGCCGCCUCGGCCGAGUGAUGGGCGGCGAGGACGGCGAGCGAGGCGAGUGGUGCUGGCAGGUCGCGCUCAUCAACUCCCUCAACCAGUACCUGUGUGGCGCCGCCCUUAUCGGGACACAGUGGGUGCUGACUGCGGCGCACUGUGUCACCAACAUCGUCCGCUCCGGCGACGCCAUCUACGUGCGCGUGGGGGACCACGACCUGACCCGCAAGUACGGGUCGCCCGGCGCUCAGACACUACGCGUGGCCACCACAUACAUCCACCACAACCACAACAGCCAGACGCUGGACAAUGAUAUAGCGCUGCUCAAGCUACAUGGGAAGGCCGAGCUCAAAGAAGGAGUGUGCCUGGUGUGCCUGCCGGCGCGGGGAGUGAGCCACGCGGCGGGCAAGAGGUGCACCGUCACCGGAUACGGAUAUAUGGGCGAGACUGGUCCUAUCCCGCUGCGCGUGCGGGAGGCCGAGCUGCCGGUCGUGAGCGACGCGGAGUGCAUCCGGAAAGUGAACGCCGUCACCGAGAAGAUCUUCAUCCUGCCCGCCAGCUCCUUCUGCGCGGGCGGGGAAGAGGGCAACGACGCCUGUCAGGGCGACGGCGGCGGGCCGCUGGUGUGCCAGGAUGACGGGUUCUACGAGCUGGCGGGGCUGGUGUCCUGGGGCUUCGGCUGCGGCCGCCAGGACGUGCCCGGCGUCUACGUCAAGGUGUCUUCGUUCAUCGGCUGGAUCAACCAGAUUAUCUCCGUCAACAACCUAUAGUAUUAGACGUUACUAGAACUCUUUUCAAACGUCCAGGUUUUUUUUUACGUUC